UGCUUUAAGAUGAUAAUGAUAAGAAACUGAUGCCUAAGAUUUAGUUCUACGGAAAUAGAUAUUAUAGAUUAUGAUUAUGAAAUAUAAUUUUUUUCUGGCUGAAAUAUAACAAGGGUUUGAUUGGAGGUAAAGAGCUCAAUUGACUGGGAUUGUUUUAUUCUAUACACCAGUGACAUAAUACGGCAAUUAGAAGAUAAAAUUGGCCAUUUCAAGUAUUGGAUAGUGUUAUGAUUAGAAAACGUUCUUUUGACUGAGGGAAGAUAGUUCGUAAUUGAUGAUUUUUUAUAAAGGAUUAAUGGAAAACUAUAGUUAAAUUGGCAUGUGGCUUGAUGAUUUGAACAAAUAUUUGUUGAAUCCGUUUUUGACAUGGAAAAACCAAAACUAGAUGCAUGGUGUGCAGUUGUAUUACGUAUAAAAUAACUAAAAAGUGCAGCAACUUAAAACAAAUCAUAACUUUUGUGUUAAAGUGUUAGUUUGUUUGGAAAAUAAAUAAAUUUGUAUCUGAAAUGGAGUUAACAACCAGACAGUUACAGACAGGGAGGAAAAGAUUGGAUGAACUUACACAUAAUCUGUGCAGGAUAGUUUUGGAACGACAGCAGGUGAUGGCCCACAAACAUAUAGCCAUACCAACAUGGCUGGAGGCCUUGGGACUGUCAGAAUAUAACGGGCUGUUCCAUCAAUAUAAUGGAGUAGAGGAUUUGAUCUACCUUGGUGAAUCAGAUAUUAAAGAUUUAGGAUUGAAGAAUGGAGCCCACAGAGCUAAAAUUGUGUCUAGCCUUAGACUGCUUAAAGACAGAUAUGAGAGAGGUCAUAAAGCAACUCCAGUUAUACAGAGAAGUAACAGUGCUUCUGCUCAGUUGUCAGCGUCGCCCCCUACACCGACAGUAUAUUCACCUGACUAUCAGGUAGUCAAUGUUGCACCUGGAAGAUUGGAGCAUGAUUUAAUAGCAGAAUUACAGAGUGAACCUUCAGAAUUGAAACAUUGGCCUUGGUAUCAUGGUAGUAUUUCUCGACAAAGAGCUGAACAAUUAACUCAUAGAACUGGGGAUUUUCUUGUGCGUGACAGUAGUUCUCAUCCUGGUGAUUUUGUAUUGACUUGUAGUACUAAAGGAGUACCGUUACAUUUUAUGAUAAAUUCAGAGGUGAAGGAACAAGAAACUCACAUCCCUUUAAUAUCUUACCGAUUUGAAGACGAACUUUUUGGAUCUAUUCAGGAUUUAAUACAAUUCUAUAUGGCGCAUAGGAAAAAAAUAACAAAAUCUUCAGGUGCUGUGAUAAGUAACCCUAUAGCUAGAACAAUGCCAUUGAGCUAUUACGAUACAAAAUAUGGAUUUAUGAGUAGUCUAAAUACCACCGGUCAUUACACACCAUCUGGUGGUACAACUCCAAAACCUAGUCCGUUUAAUACUCCUUCUGGUACCCCUAACACUAGUCCACAUUCACAAAGAAGACAUCCAACAAGAUCAGGAAGUCACCCACUAUUGCCUGUGGACAGUGAAACAUUUGUCCAUCGUGUUCCACAUAUUGAUAGAUCUGACAGCCUACCUGUCAUACACGGCAGAACAACACCACCAAGAAAUAAUCAGACUAUACCACAUGUUGUUAUCCCACAUUAUCAUCAGCGAGCUGGCAGUGAACCAGUUCUUGGACCUUCUCCUGGUUACAGUGUCAUUCAAAAUAAUGGACAGAGUGACAAAUUUUUAACUCCACAUCCGAACAAACUGUCAAAUUCUAAUUCAGAUAGUGAUUUAAAUAAACCACCACCACCAAAACCAAGUAGGAUUCCAUCAAUAAAAUAUAAACAAAAACCAUUGGUUGUUAAACGGACCGAGGUUCAGGUCGAGGAUGAUAGAGACUACACUGACUAUAUGCAGGUUAAACAAGCGCCAUCUUGGUUGAAAAAUCCUGCAUUUGAGAGAAAUAAUAAUCAUACACAAGACACAAACGACAAUUUUAUAAAAAAUUCUUCAGAAGAUUAUGAUAAUAAUUUUGAAAAUGAAAAACAACAUCCUAAGGAAAAUGGUUUGACAGAACAUUAUAAAUGUGUUGAUUCUAAAUCUAGGAAAUGUUCAGAUACAAGAUUUAACUUCCUGGAUCAAAGAGAUUAUUCUGAAAUUCCUGAUAUCCCAGUGACUCUUAAUGAAUCUGAUGACACUAUCGCAUCACAAAAUGAUAAUCGCAAUAGUUAUGCUGAUUAUGAUGCACCUAAAACAAUGGACAGACAAAUUUCUAUUCCUGAGAUUGAUAUACAAUCAAACUUUCAUCCAAAACUUUUUUCUUCUUCAUUGUUGACGGAUGAAAAUAAACCAUUAGAACCUGCAGUUUUAAUUGAUGUGAAAAAUGUUCUUUUAACUGGGGAUCCUAAAACUUUAGCUAAUCAUAGUACAAAACUUGACCUUGACCUUUGUAAGGUCGUUGAGGAACAUGACCUAGGUGUUGGUGUUAUAUCAGGAUUAGAAUUACUGACUCUUCCACAAGGCAGCCAACUGAGACAAGAUAUAAUAGAAAGGUGUUACUGUUCAAAGAUUUUCACCAUGGUAAUGAUUUUGACCUGUCCUAAGAUUGUGGAGAGAGCCUCCAUGUUGAGUCAGUGGAUCCAGACAGCAGUACACCUUAGAUCUUCACUGGGCAAUCUCUUGGGCUUUGCUAAUGUUAUGGAAGGGCUGAUGAGUCCUCAGAUACAAAGAUUGAAAGACACAUGGUUAGUUUUACGUCAGAAUCAUACCAACAGUGCCUUUGUAUUCGACACAAAACUCAAAACUGCAUUUAAAACUCUUAAUGAUGGGAGUGGGUUACUUCCCUUACAAAAUGUGUGUAUUCCUGACAUUGCACCACUUGUUGUUUUAUUAGAGAGAGAUAUGGACACUGCAUCUAUGCAGCUGCCAUGGGAAUCCUCUGAUCCAAACUCAGGACUGGACAUUCUGUUGACGCAUUUAGAUACGGCAAGGCUCGUAACAGCACAGUGUGGAACUUACAGAAUUAAUGGACAAUCAAUCAUCAAGAACUUUACAGAAGAUGUAAAAACUUGUGAUAUAUUUAGAACAGAAUUUCAUAUGAGAAUGUGUUGGGGUGCUAAAGGAGUAGUCGUAGGUAGAGAAGAUCGACAAUCAAAAUUUGAACAAUUGUUAACAGUGUUGUCAAAUCGUACAGAAAGUUCAGAUGAUGAUGGUACCGCUGUUUAAAUAUACUCCUGCUUAGUUUAUUGAAAUGUGAAAGAGUUAUUUCCCUUGACAGUGUUAUCAAACGAUAGACAAAACAUUCAAAUGAUGAUAGUACAGCAGUUAAAACAUACUCCUAAGUUUGUAAAAAUGUGAAAGAGUUAUUUCCCUUGACAGUGUUAUCAAAUCUUACUGACAGUUCAGAAGAUGAUGGUGUAACAAAGUGUUCAAGAGUUAUUUCCCUUGAAAGCAUUAUCAAACUGAAGGUUAAGAAGAUAAUAGUGUAUUAUAAUCUUAAAUAAGUUAUUUCCCUUAACAGGUUUAUCAAAUUAUAUCAAAAGUUUACAAGAUGAUGGUGAAUUGAAAUGUUAAAGAGUUAUUUCCCUUGAUAGUCUGGCAUAUCAAAUUUUACUAAAAGUUCAUAAGAUUUGAAGUGUAUUAAAUUGUGUAGAGUUAUUUCCCUUGAAAGUUGAAAGUCUUAUCAAAUCCUACUAAAAUUUUAAUAGAUGAUGGUGUAUUCAAAUGUUAAAGAGUUAUUUCCAGUGACAGUGUUAUUAAAUCUUAUUUGAAAUGCAAAAGAUUAUUGUAUAGUGGUUUCAAUAUACCCCCGAUUAAAAUAUUUGAAUUAGAAGGAGUUAUUUCCCUUCAAUUUAAAAAAAAAACAUAUUCGAUAUCUCAUCUUGUAGGUAAAAUAACUGAAUACAUUUUUUUUUAUAUUACUUAAUGAGUUUCUUUCCUAAUCAGUUAAGUGCAGAAUGUGAUGGAAUUGUUACAACUGUAAAAGAAUUGAAUCAAAGAAGUUAAAUCCAAUUGACCUAUGAUGUGUUUUGAUAAUGAAUUCCAAACAUAUUUUUAGGCUUUUCCUCCCAUAACCUUUACAUUUCUGUUUUGGGUUGAGAAGUUUUCAAACAAUUAUCUUUUUAAAAUCUGUAUAGAUAUUUGAAGGUGUACUCUUUUGAUAUAACAGUCUUCAGAAUUGAGAAUAAUUGGCCAAAUCUACAUAAGAAAAAAGAAUAGAAAAUUUCAGGUACAAGAAAUAAAAAAUAGAGAUCAAUGACCUAAAAACUUACAUAAUUCAAGAACCCCUGAACUGGACCUUCUUACAUUGCCUUUGAUUUUCAUGCAAAGACUGAAUCACAAAUUAAAAUAAAAAUAUUGUAGACAUCUAAUGUUUGUGAACACUUUUCUUUAUAUUGUAAUGGCUCCAUUAAUGUAUGAAUAGUGGUUUGAAUAUUGGUCUUAUGUUUCAUUUCUGAGCAUUCUACCAAGUUUUUAUCCAUAAAUUCAGAAAAAUAAUAUUUAAUUCUUUACUAGCGCCUAUAAUGUAUAUGUACAUAUGUUUUUUGGAAGAAUCCGUUGGUUUAUUACUGUUGUAUGUUUGCAAUGACAUAAUAUGUUAACAUGUGCUUCUGAUAUGAAACGUGCCAAUUAAACAUGAACAUGAUGAAUGUAGUGAACAGAAAGGAAGACAAAAAUGAUAGUAUUUGAUAUGUAACACAAUGUGAUUAAAAUCAGAUCUUUAACUCUGCUCCAAUAGAUUGUUUUUUGCUCAUUUAAGAUCUGAAGACACCCCAUAAGGGACCAUGUUUAUUGACCUUUUUAAUUAUCUGAUAAAAUCUUUCCAUGCCAAAGUCUCAGCAUUUUUACUAUCAAAAUACUUAUUGGUAAACUGCAAAGUAUUUCCUAGUAUAAUUCUGAAACUAGAACUUCCAAGUUGAAACUAUAUAAUUUCUUGAUGUUAUUACCAUUUAAUGCACUAAUCUGAUUGCACAUUGAGGCAAACAGUAAAGUGUCAUUGUUUUCACCAUUUUUAUUUUAUGAAUCAUAAAGGAGUAGGUCCGGUAAGAGCCCUUUUUGGCCCCAAAAUAUAUCAGUUUUACAAAAUUGUUAAAAUGUAAACUUUUAGUUAUUUAUUGGAUAGUAGAAUGGUUCUGCUACAUAAAUAUUGGCUGUUUUUGGCAAUACAAUGCACAUAUAUUGAGAACUAGCACUAUUAAGUCAUGCUAAAUUACUGAAAUCAUCAAAAUUCAAGCAUUUUAGUUAAAUUUUAGACGGUUUUUGUGUAAAACGAAAGUGGCCGCAUUCGUGUUCAUCCAAAAUAUUAAAACGGAAGUUGUACUUGAUAAUAAUACAUAACAUAUAUAAAGAUUGAGGAUGAAAACGGAUGCGGCCACUUUCAUUUUUGACAAAAACCAUCUAAAAAGUGACAUUUUUUCGCAUAUUUGGUAGAUUUUUCAUAUUUUAGCUUGAAUCGGAUCUUUUUUUAAGACUAAAUGAGUUAGAAUAUUUAACAAAAAAUAAUUGAAACAAAUGAAAUAGACACUUAAGUGUUUAAAAAGUGGUCAAAAUCUUUCGUCAGAUGAAACUGAAAUUUGAGGCCAAAAUCGUUUAAAAAAAAUGAAAACCAAAAGUUUUUAUCAGAAUGUGCUCAUCUAUGUUUAGGAAAAUAUCAAAGUGCCAGUGUCUCACUUAAAAUGAUUGGCUAAUUAAAACUUUUCUAAAACUAUAUCUUAACAUUACUAGCUGUACAGGAUGUUUUCAGAUCUUACAUAAAGUACUAGCAGAUCUGAGCAAAUCUAUCGAGGCAAAGUUAAAAUCUAAAUUUAAUCAGAUUGUAUAAAACACAACAUAUUAUGAUAAAAAUUUUGUAAAUAUGUAUGCAUUAAUGUAUUUUUGUUGCUUGAUGAUUGCAUGUUGUGCAAUCUGGAAGCCGGAAAAGGGAUCUACUUAACUACUACAGGAUAAGGUAGACAUCUAUAUAUACUGGUACAUUGUUAAGCAACCAGUAUUUUUGAAGUCUUAAAGAAAAGUGUGGUACAAUUUAAACAAGACAUAUGUCAAAAUCACUUCAUUUACCUAUUAAUUAACCCUUGUGAAAAAUUUAACAUGACAUUAUUUUUUUCAACCUCCACAUUGAAACAACAGAUAUCCCAGAACUUUCCUAUACAGUUGUACCAAUUACCACAGUACUAUGAAACAUUCCUUUGAUGGACCAAAUCUAAAGUAAUCUAUAAAAUGUCUCCUAGUGUGAAACUUACAUCUGUAUUCAUUUACAUCUAUAAUUAUAUUUGCCUUUUGUUAAAUCAUACAUAAAAAAGCUAUGAAAAAUGUUUCUGAAAUCUAGAUUUAAAGUAGGUUUACAAACUAAUAUUUGCUGAAACUUGAGUUUAAAAUAUAUUUUUUAAACUUGCAUUACUAGAGAUCAAGAACAAAAUAUGCCAGUACAAUAGUACAUCUUUAUUCAGUGUAAUUGUACAUCAUUUUUUCUUGCAAUAAGAAAAGAAAACAUAACUAUUAUGUAUAUCAAAGAACUUAUUUGUCCUGUCUUUUAUAUAUCAUAUUGAAGUUAUCCAAGAAUGGAAAAUUUUAGUGGCUUUAGAUAUAUAUAAUUUUGUUUUUGUUUUUACUAUGCAAUGCUAUUUUUUCAGUGGAUGCAUGAACUUUUUCAUAUUCAUGAUGAUAUAUGCAGUUUGUGAAUAAUUAUUAUAUAUUUGAAUAAUUACAUUAGAUGUAAGUUUCAUUAUAAUACGCUAUUCUGAUUGGCUAACAUGUUAUUCCGUAAACAAUUGCAUUAGACAAUAACAUUUAUCAUGCAUGAUGAAACGAGGUCCCACAAAAAAGUGCACAGGUGAAUUAAAUAAAACUGGAUAAAAAUCGUGUUUUUUGAUUUUAGCUAAAAAAAAUGUAAUUAUAAGUAUUGAAUACUUCUUUUUGAAACUUUAUAGGGUUGUAAAAGCGUUGACCGUGCGUACAUUUUAAUAAUGAAGCGCAUCCGCGCUUCAUACAAAAUGUACUUCGGUCAACGCUUUUACCACCCAAUAAAUUUACAAAAAGAAGCAUUCAAUUCUUAAAUACACCUAAUCGCUAUUUAUUCUAUUCCGGAUAAGUUCUAAAAUUACACAACUUUUUCAUCCAGUCGAAGCUAUCUGGGACCCUGUUUAAACAAUUCACCAUGCAUGAUACUUUUUAAAGAGACCUGUUUAAACUAUCAUAUAUACUUCAAACAGAAUAUUUUUUUACUUCAAUUUUAAUUUCGAAAAAAGUGGAUCAUACUAACUCAAAGUUUCUUGAUGAUCACUUUUUAAAGUUUUUCCUCCCUCAGCUCACUGCUGAUGACCUCCAUUUUCGGCCAGCGUGACCUAAACAGGAAGUUGUAUAAAUGACUGUUUUUCCAGGAAUGGACUAAAUAGCGAUAAGGUGUAUAUUAACAUGCUGAAAUAUUCACACAUGUUUAAAUAAGAUGGUUCAGUUUGGUUUUUUUUCCUUAGAUGGUUGUCUUUUUAUUUUCAGGCAUCAUUAAAGUUACAGCUAAAUAUAUACUGUAAAAGGUGAACCAACUUAAUUUCUUGGAUACUUUUAUUCACAUUUAGACUUCCUGCCAAUUUCAAUGAUUUAUUUUAGCAAUUGCCUUACUUUGUUCAUGUAUUUUUAAAAGAGUGGACCCUAUGUAUGGGAACAUUUGUGACAAUUCUUUACUCAUAGAUUUUGUUCUUUAUUCUCCAAAGUUGUGAAAAUUAGAACGGUAAGAGGUAUAAUCUUCUUUAAAACAAUGAAGCUUAAAAAAACAAAACACAGUCCGGUAUAAAAAAAACUUUUAUUUCAUGAUUUAUUUUUUAAUUUUUUUAUCUCAAAAGUUAAAUAUGUAUAUGAUAUAAAAUGUAUACUUGAUUAUUUAUCAGAUUUAUAAGUUUCAGUUGUGUAAGGGAAAUAACUCUUGUCAAUUUCUUCUAGAGUAUUGCUGAGAUUUAUUGAGUUUUAAUCAUGUAUUAUCUGACUGCACAAAAUGUUAACUUUGUGCACACAAUAUGAAAGGUUUUUAUUAGUUUUUAUGGAAGAACAUAACCAUCUUUAAGGCGGAAUUGAUUGUUUUACAAAGGCUAUACAUUUUAAUGUUGUUUCUAUAUUUGUAGAUAGUAAUUUUCAUCAAUAUCAGCAUCAAAACAUUUAUAAAAAAGACAUUGUUGAGUCUGUUAUUGCUUAUGAAAGAUAUUUAUUAUAAAGAUAUUAAAGAGUGUCAAAAUAAA